GGCAGAUUGAUUGCCCAAACGCUACAUCGAACUGAGCUUUACGUAUCAGAGAUCCUCCCUUUUCUCGCCUUCUCCUCCUCUCUUCCCUUCCAAGAUGAGCCGUCAUCCGACUACAAAAUGGGCUCAAAGAUCUGACAAGGUGUAUAUUACUAUUGAACUGCCAGAUGCGAAGGAUGUGAAGCUCACGUUGGAGCCAGAAGGUCGUUUCUAUUUCUCUGCAACUAGUGGAACAGCAAACAUCCGGUACGAGCUCGACCUUGAGCUGUUCGAUAGAGUUAUUGUUGAUGAGAGCAAAGCUGCUGUUGGCUUGAGGACUAUAUGCUACCUGGUGAAGAAAGCUGAGAAGAAAUGGUGGAGCAGGCUGUUAAAGCAGGCAGGGAAGCCUCCUGUUUAUCUGAAAGUUGAUUGGGACAAAUGGAUCGAUGAAGAUGAUGAGAAGGAAAAUAAGUUUGGGGGCAUGGAUUUUGAUGACAUGGAUUUUUCGAAGUUGGACGUGGGUGGUGCUGAUGAUGAGCCUGAUGAUGAUGAUGAUUUGGCUGAUACUGCCGAUAGAGAUGGAGAGGAUGCUGAUAUGGAAGAGGCCAAGGCAGAGGGAGGAAAGGUGGAGCCUGCACAGGCGGCAUCUACUAAUGAAGCUGUAGACAAAGCAUGACCAAUAUCUGGCAGCUUCAUGCUGUGGAAGCCUCGUCUUGUGGAGGUCCAUUGCUUCUGUUAACAUAGAUGACAAACUUAUUGUUUGGGUCAUGUCUUUUAGUGGAUGUCUCUUAAAAUCUCAUCCUGUGGAGGACGAUUACUUAUGUUAAUAUAGAUGACAAGCUAGUUUUUUACUCCGUGUGAGUCUUUAGCUAUGAUCACAAUGAUAUUUCUUGGUCUGUGUUGGAUAUAUUUAUGGAUUUGAUAUUUAUCAAAUGCAGCAGAAUCCUGUGUAUUCCUGAGUUCA